AUGGCUCCGCUCGGCGACUCACCGCCGAGUCUCCAGUUCGUUGGCAUGCAGCCGCUGCUCGUGCGCUACAACAGCCGCCUACCCUGCGUGGUGUACGUGCCCGAGGGAUUCGCCGUCCGGCGGGGGGGGUAUGGUCUCGAGGUGGGUUGCAGCACCAUACCAUACCCCGCAGAAAGUCCAAACCCUGAGAAGCACAGCGCUGCAGAAAAAGCGCUUCUGAAACUGCUUGCUGAAGCACCUACGCCGCCUGCCGAUUGCCUCCGGAUUGCCGUGCCACCGGACGAGCGCAAUCACGUGCGGACGCUCAUGGGCAGCUACUACCACACGGUGUUUGCGCUGCUGGUGCCGAUCGCCGCCCAGCUCGCCGCCACGCCGCACCGGUGCGUCACCCUCGCGGGCGUGCCGAGGACACGGAUGGUGGCCAGAGUGCUCGAGGUGCUGCCGGUGCAGAUUUGGGACGGCCCCUCGCUCGC